AUGGCUUCCUUUUCUCGUCAGUUUGCCCGCACAGCGGCCCGCAACACCUUUGCCUCGGCCAUCCCCCGCCAGGCCUUCCGCAGCAGCGGCCGCCGGUUCUACUCGUCCGAGGCGCCCAAGCAGUCGUCGUCGUCUGGCCUGCUCUACGUCGGCGGUGCCGCCGCCGCCGGUGGUCUCGGCUACUGGUUCUACGCCAACAACAAGGCCGGUGCCGCCACCAAGCUCGCCAACCCGACCAAGGCCGACUACCAGGCCGUGUACGACGAGAUUGCCGCGCGCCUCGAGGAAAAGGACGACUACGACGACGGCAGCUUCGGCCCCGUGCUCCUGCGCCUCGCCUGGCACGCGUCGGGCACCUACGAUAAGGAGACGGGCACCGGCGGCAGCAACGGCGCCACGAUGCGCUUCAAGCCCGAGUCGAGCCACGGCGCCAACGCCGGCCUGGUUGCCGCCCGCGACUUCCUCGACCCCGUCAAGGCCAAGUUCCCCUGGAUCACCUACUCGGACCUCUGGAUCCUGGGCGGCGUCUGCGCCAUCCAGGAGAUGCAGGGCCCCAUUGUGCCCUACCGCCCCGGCCGCUCCGACCGCGACGUCGCCGCCUGCACCCCCGACGGCCGCCUCCCCGACGCCACCCAGGGCGGCGACCACCUCCGCAGCAUCUUCUACCGCAUGGGCUUCAACGACCAGGAGAUUGUCGCCCUCUCCGGCGCCCACGCCCUCGGCCGCUGCCACAAGGACCGCUCCGGCUUUGACGGUCCCUGGACCUUUUCCCCUACCGUCCUGACCAACGACUUUUACACCCUGCUCCUCGACCAGCAGUGGCAGUGGAAGAAGUGGGAUGGCCCCAAGCAGUACGAGGACAAGAGCACCAAGAGCCUCAUGAUGCUGCCCACCGACAUGGCCCUGGUCCAGGACAAGGCCUUCCGCCCCCACGUUGAGCGCUACGCCAAGAGCAACGACGAGUUCUUCAAGGACUUCUCCGCCGUUGUCCUUCGCCUCUUUGAGCUCGGCGUCCCUUUUGCCGCUGGCAACGAGUCGCAGCGCUGGACCAUGAAGCCCACCUGGGACGAGAGCAAAUAG